CAGGCACAGUGAUGUGAAAGUGGCAACGUGAGGUGAGCCCGGAGGAAAUUACUGGACUAAAAACAAAGCGCGAGCGAUGAGGGGAUUGUUUUAAAAAAAAAUAAUAAUAAUUAAAAAAAACUAAACUAAUAAAUGAAAGAUGACGCUUUAGGUGUUUGAAACAGAAGAGAGAAAAUAUGGUUGGUUUGUCCAUCACGCAGCCCUGAAAUCUCUUCCCUCUCUUCUUCUUUUGGAUUGUGGAUUGGUGACAGCAUCCCGACCCAGGACUCAGGACCGGAACAGUUCUUUUUUUCUUUUAUUCUUUUCUUCUGUUUUUUUUUUUUCUUCUUCUUCUUCCUCUGGUGGAUUGAGGGUUGGGGGAGAAUCUUCCACUUUUCACCCCGGCAGAGCUCAUCAACCAGGAGCCAAGACGUUGUUCCGCGUAGAGCCGGCUUGCCCCAGUCCGAGCAGCGCAGUCCGUGCAGCAGGGAGGUCGGCACUCGGCGUCUCACGGGCCGGCAACAUGAUGGUCCUCUGCGCCGGCUGCGAGCGGCCCAUCCUGGACCGGUUCCUGCUCAACGUGCUGGACAGAGCCUGGCACGCCAAGUGCGUCCAGUGCUGCGAAUGCAACUGCAACCUGACCGAGAAGUGCUUCUCCCGGGACGGAAAGCUCUAUUGCAAAAUGGACUUUUUCAGGCGCUUUGGCACAAAAUGCGCGGGCUGUCUGCAGGGAAUCUCGCCGAACGACUUGGUGCGUAAAGCCCGCAGCAAGGUGUUCCACCUGAACUGCUUCACCUGCAUGGUGUGUAACAAGCAGCUGUCCACGGGAGAGGAGCUCUACGUGAUCGACGAAAACAAGUUCGUGUGCAAAGAAGAUUACCUGAGCUCCGGGGCCAUUAAGGAAGUCAACCUGAACUCAGUCUCGUCGUGCACAGAUAGGAGUUUAUCGCCGGAUCUCCAGGACCCGAUACAGGACGACAUAAAGGAGACGGACAAUUCCACGUCCUCAGAUAAGGAAACGAACAAUAUUGAGAACGAGGAGCAGAACUCCGGGGCCAAGCGGCGGGGGCCCCGGACCACCAUCAAGGCCAAGCAGCUGGAGACGUUAAAGGCGGCGUUCGUGGCCACGCCGAAGCCCACGCGGCACAUCCGGGAGCAGCUCGCGCAGGAGACGGGGCUGAACAUGCGAGUCAUCCAGGUUUGGUUCCAGAACAGAAGAUCCAAAGAGCGGCGAAUGAAGCAGCUGAGCGCCCUGGGGGCCCGACGCCACGCCUUCUUCAGGGGCCCCAGGAGGAUGAGGCCUCUAGGAGGCAGGCUGGAGGACCCAGACAUUUUAGGACCUGGGCCCUACGGUUACUACGGAGAAUACCAAGGCGACUACUACGGACCAGGGAGUAACUACGACUUCUUUCCCCAUGGCCCUCCGUCCUCUCAGGCCCAGUCUCCAGCCGAGUCCCCCUACAUCCUGGGCGCUGGGCCCGGAGCCAUAGAAGGGUCCGGACACCACCCAUCAGACGACCAAAGGUACACGGACAUGAUCUCUCACGCGGAAACUCCCAGUCCCGAACCAGGCUUACCGAGCUCCCUUCAGCCGGUCCCCGGGGACGCAUAUGGGGGCGGACCCAGUCCCCCUUUCUCCUUGGCCAGUAACUCCAGCUACAGCGCUCCCAUGUCCCACCAGGGCCAGGAGAUGGGCGAAACAGGCGCCUGGUGAAAGGACAAAGUAACAAUAAAAACCAGGGACCAACCGUGGGCUGAAUGUCUGCCCCGCUAAUUCAGGAGACGUAUCAACAAUGUCGUCAGAAGGGGAAAGUACAGCUGAAAUUUCCACAGAGAACCUUUUAAAAUCAGAGACUCAUCUCUACAACUGAAAAAACUGAUGGAAAGAACGUAACGCGAAGCACGAAAAACGAUAUUUUUGCUGCACGGUAGACGCUCCAAAGCAUAUAUCCGUUGUUGGGUAUGGGACUGAACAAGAGAUUCCAUCCAGCAGAAAUGCUUCUCGCCUUCCCCUUAUCUUCUAAUGCUCUAGGAACACAUUAGUGAGAAACACCUAAGGGGGGACAUGUCUAGUUUUCUUAAUUUCACACCACGUUUAAAGAAAAAAAUGUUGCUCCAAAGCAAUUUUGAUUCUCGUUUUAUGUCUAUUUUGCCACUUAACGACAAUUUUGAACCUCAACGCUCAUAGUCAAAUGCAUCUGUCGCAGUCGAGGCGGUGUAUGUUUAAUCUCAUUUUAAACAUGUUUUUUUUUUUUUGCUUGUGUAAGACAAAACAUCAAAUCAACAGCUGCCGCAUGACAGACACGCACUGACUUUCCCUCACACAUCCUGGCUUGGAGUCCCUUAAUGCACAAAAAGUGUUCUUGAUCAUAACUUGAAAGAAGGAUGUCUGCACUAUUAUUCAAAACACGAACACAAUUAUACAGACACUUGUACCCUACUACACACACACACACACACACACACACACGCACGCACGCACGCACAUCACACCCAUCGAGGCGGCCCUGAUAGUUCUGCUCCGCUCACUGCUUCACCUGACCUUCCUUUUGUUACUGUCCCUUUUAAAAAAACAUGUUUUAAUGGAAAUGAUUUUCAAAAGAACAUUGAACCCAUAAUGGAGAAUGUCCUUCAGCAGCUGAGGUCUCCUUCCUCUAAAGGCGGAAAACAAAAGAGGGGGCAGACAACAUCUGUGACAUUUCGGCUGCCUCCUCCGAGGCGCGCGUUGCCAUCUAGUGGUCGCCUUUUCAAAGCGCACGGGGUCUCGGUUCGACUUGUGCACCAGAGGACGAUAUAUUUUUUACCCUUUCCUCUUUGGUAAUAGUUCACGACCAAGUCUCAUCAGGGCUCCUGUUUUUUUUUCCUUUUAAAGAAAAUUUAACUCAAUUGCCAAUUUCAGCUCAGUCCUUCCUCCUUCGGUGCCACCUCUGAGUUCGCUGUACUGUUGUUUUCAGAUCAUUUUGUGGUUUUUUUUUGGACAUUGUAUAAGAUCU